CAGGGACCUGUGGGGGUCUCCACAGAGGCCAUCAGGAUGUCAUAUUUUGGGGAGCAUUUUUGGGGCGAGAAAAACCAUGGCUUUGAGGUCCUGUACCACAGUGUGAAGCAGGGACCCAUCUCCACCAAGGAGCUGGCGGACUUCAUCCGGGAGAGAGCCACCAUCGAGGAGACCUACUCAAAGGCUAUGGCGAAACUUUCCAAGCUGGCCAGCAACGGGACCCCUGUGGGGACCUUCGCCCCGCUCUGGGAGGUCUUCCGCGUGUCCUCGGACAAGCUGGCGCUCUGCCACCUGGAGCUCACCAGGAAGCUGCAAGAUCUCAUCAAAGACGUGCUCCGCUAUGGGGACGAGCAGCUGAAGACCCACAAGAAGUGCAAGGAGGAAGUGAUGGGCACCUUGGACGCCGUGCAGGUGCUCGCGGGCGUCAGCCAGCUCCUGCCCAAGUCCCGCGAGAACUACCUGAACCGCUGCAUGGACCAGGAGCGGCUGCGGAGAGAAAGCAGCAGCCAGAAGGAAACGGACAAGGCAGAGACCAAAACCAAGAAGGCAGCAGAGAGCCUGCGGCGCUCCGUGGAGAAGUACAACUCGGCCCGGGCCGACUUCGAGCAGAAGAUGCUCGACUCAGCCCUGCGCUUCCAAGCCAUGGAGGAGACCCACCUAAGGAACAUGAAGGCACUGCUGGGCUCCUACGCCCACUCCGUGGAGGACACCCACGUGCAGAUCGGGCAGGUGCAUGAGGAAUUUAAGCAGAACAUCGAGAACGUCAGCGUGGAGGUGCUUCUCAGGAAGUUUGCAGAGAGCAAGGGCACAGGCCGGGAGAAGCCAGGGCCUCUGGACUUUGAAGCGUACAGCGCGGCUGCCCUGCAGGAAGCAAUGAAACGUCUGCGGGGAGCCAAGGCCUUUCGCCUGCCAGGACUAAGCCGGCGGGAGCGCGAGCCGCGUGCAGCUGUAGACAUGCUGGAGCCCGGUUCAGAGCCGUGUCCGGAGGUGGAUGAGGAAGGUUUCACUGUCCGGCCUGACGUGACGCAGAACAAUAUCCUUCUGGCGCCCCCUGGGGGCAGUUGCUGCUGUAUGGAGAAGCUGCAAUCGGAUGAGCAGGUGGCCAAGAACCUCUUUGGGCCCCCCCUGGAGUCGGCCUUUGACCAUGAAGAUUUUACAGGCUCCAGCAGCCUGGGCUUCGCCUCCAGCCCUUCCCCUUUCUCCUCCUCGUCGCCGGAAAACGUGGAAGACUCCGGCCUGGACUCGCCAUCCCACGCGGCGCCGGGCCCCUCCCCGGAUUCCUGGGUCCCCCGCCCGGGCACCCCGCAGAGCCCGCCCAGCUGUCGGGCGCCGCCCCCCGAGUCGAGGGGGACGCGGGUCCUGCAGCCACCGGACUCGCCGCAGCCCCUCGCGCCCUCUCCGGGACCCUGGGGGCCCGAGGCCUUGGCAGGAGGAGACCUGACGCCUGCCCCUGCCGACCCCACAGCCCGGGAGGGCCUGGCAGCCCCACCCCGGAGACCCCGAACCAGGAAGGUGUCCUGCCCCGUCACACGCAGCAACGGAAGCCUGUCUCGCUCGCUGAGCCCCUCCCCACUGGGCUCUUCGGCCCCCAGCACUGUCCCAGAACGGCCCAGCUUCUCAUUCCAGACAGGACACGCACCCCCAGGAGUGUCUCGGGGCCCAAGCCCUGUGGUCCUAGGCUCCCAGGAUGCCCUGCCUGUGGCCACGGCCUUCACCGAGUACGUCCACGCCUACUUCCGUGGCCAUGGCCUCAGCUGCCUGGCCCGGGUAACCGGAGAGCUGACCAUGACGUUCCCUGCGGGCAUCGUGCGUGUGUUUGGCGGUACUCCACCCCCGCCCGUCCUCAGCUUCCGGCUUGUACACGCGACCCCCAUCGAGCACUUCCAGCCCAACGCGGAUCUGCUCUUCAGUGACCCCUCCCAGAGCGACCCCGAGACCAAAGACUUCUGGCUCAACAUGGCAGCUCUGGCCGAGGCCCUGCAGCGCCAGGCGGAGCAGAACCCCACGGCCUCCUACUACAACGUGGUGCUGCUGCGCUACCAGUUCUCCCGCCCGGGCCCCCAGGCCGUGCCGCUGCAGCUGAGCGCCCACUGGCAGUGCGGGGCGACCCUCACCCGGGUCUCGGUGGAGUACCGCUACCGGCCCGGCGCCACGGCCGUGCCCACGCCGCUCACCAACGUCCAGGUCCUGCUGUCUGUGGCGGAGCCUGUGACCAACGUCCGCCUGCAGCCUGCUGCCACCUGGAACCUGGAGGAGAAGCGGCUUAUGUGGAAACUUCCGGAUGUGUCUGAGGCAGGGGGCUCUGGUCGCCUAUCCGCCAGCUGGGAGCCGCUCUCGGGCCCCAGCACACCCAGCCCCGUGGCCGCACAGUUCACCAGCGAGGGGGCCACUCUGUCGGGCGUGGACCUGGAACUGGUGGGCAGCGGCUACCGCAUGUCGCUGGUGAAGAGGAGGUUCGCCACAGGUGCGGCUGCGCCCCGUCCCCAGUGUGUGCCUGGUGAGCUGCUGAGCCCGCGCGGCGUCCUGGCGCUGACCGGCUGUCCCCUGCCCUCCUGCUGGACGCUGGGGCCCCACCCCAGCCGCCCUGAGGCCUGGACCUGUGGAGAGGAGCCCCGCGCCCAGCCUGGCUGA